CAUAUUAUGUAAUAUAGACUUAUGUUGUUCUUUAAAAAGAUCUUCGGCUUAAGGCAUAUGCUCACAUGCAUGCAUAAGACAAGACGAAACAUUUAUAGUGUAAUAAUUAGCCUUGAAAUAUAAUUGGCUUUCAAAGCGAAGAUAAUCCAGAGACAGCUUGGAGUUAAUAUAAGAAGAAAAAAAAUUCCGUUGAAAAGAACUUUAUUUUCAUCUUGGACCAAGAUCUACAGGCUUAACAAAGAUAUAACUCUCAUUCUUUAUUUGCUUAUAACUAGAUACUUUAAAUUUGAUCAUGGAUAGUUUCGAGCAUCAAUGUUUCGAAAAUCAGGACGAGGACUCAGAAAUGUUUUUUGCUAAAUGUAAAAAGAAUCCUGGCCACCAUGGCUUUAUCCCAAUUAAUUCCUUUGGGAUGCAGCAUCUUCCUCUAAACCACAGAGAUCCGAAAGUGCUUAAGUUGAUUGGCCUGGUAGCACUAAUAACAGUUAAAAUUGAAUCUCUCGCAACCAGUCCACUCAGGGAGGUUUUCUUUCCAGGACAGAAAACUUGCUCUAAUAGAAAGGCCAGAAUGACAGGAAGUGGCAGGGUGUACUAUGCCACCAAGUAUGUUAAAGGGCUCAGCGACAACGUCAAACACCCAAGUGGGCGUACCACGUGUCAAUGCAGACGAUGUUUUGGGACAGCAUCUCCAAGCGACACCUGGUGGGAAAUCGCUAUAAUAACGGCAUCACACCUUGUGUGCGAUUACCUAGAGGCCAAGGAGACAAAAUGUUAUUUUUUCGACGACAAAGAUCCAAAUGUCGACUUUGAAAGCGUAGUAUAUGUGAAUGUAGAAGAAGAUAAGUGCAUUCUGAACUGUAUUACUUGUGAUGAUACAUUAGGGGACAUUAUCAACAAAAGUGUGAAUAAGAUUUUGCUUCUUUGGAGCAAAUUACACAUCAAAUACAAGGAGUCUGAAGACCUGAAAGACUUCUCCUUCAUUGUGAGUCACCCUCAUGGAGCCCAUAAACAUGUUAGUUUGGGGAAAUGCUUGGAAAAGGUGCAACUCCCCGAGUGUGAGUUUGGCUGUUAUUUCAGCUACACAACUCCCACCUGUCCUGGUUGUAGUGGGGCAAUCGUGUAUCUUCUAGGAUACAGUGGAACAGCGGGCUGGUCAACACAGCCGGUUCAUAGCAGAACCCUGGGAGGAGUUAAUAUUAGUGGGGUAGGCUACGUAAAAUGAAAGAAAAGUAAUAAUACUAGAGAAAGAUCCUUAUUUAGAUUUUACAAUAUCUGAGUCAAAUCAUACAAAGCUUAUCUACACCUGAAUGAGUUGUCGUGUGAUCAACUCAAUGACCAAUAUAUUUUCCAUUGCUGAGCUAUGCAAUGUCUAAAUAACCAUUGAAGUUGAGUAUACUCAGGAAUACAGUAAUACCGUAAUAAACGAAAUAUUAGUGAAUCAAGAAAGUUUGAAUGUGUUCUAGUCAUAAUAAUUGCGCAUGAAUAACAUAUAGUAUUAUACACACACACGCACACAUCUUAUAUCUUAUCUUAUCUUAUAUAAUACAGACGUUACUUCAAAAAAGAAGAUGAUUACGUCCUACGCGUAAUGCAUUUAGUCAUGCAUAUUAACCAAUGACUUAAAUUCUGCCAAGUCACUGGUUUUCCUGGCUAGCUCAGGCAACCCAUUCCAUGCUCUAAUAGCACUAGGGAAGAAGGAGUAUUUGUACAAAUUUGUCCUAGCAUAUGGGACGAGGAAUGUGCCUUUAUCUUUGUGUCUUUCAGAGUAUUUUAUUAAAUUUUGUUUUUGUAUUUGAAGAUUAUGGUUCAGUGUUUUAUGUAUGAUUGCUACUUUACUUUUGAGCCUUCUGUCCUGAAGGCUUUCUAAAUUUAGUGAUUUUACUAAAGGUGUUACUCUAGUCAAAUGUGAAUAUUCGUUUGUUAUGAAUCGCACUGCUCUAUUUUGUGUCUGUUCUAGUUUCUUAAUGUUUUCUUGAGUUGAGGGGUCCCAAACAGAGGAUGCAUAUUCUAUUAUUGGCCUAACCAAGGUUAAAUAACAUUUAUAUAACAUAUAUUAUAUAUAUAUAUAUAUAUAUAAGUGUUGAUUAGUAUCAAAUGUAUUUAAACCAUUUCAUUACACAGACUCAAUUUGUAUAUUUUGUUUUACUAAAUUAGUUUGUAUGUGUGUUUAUUAUAACCAUUUAGAAUGACUCUAUUGUAUCCUACAUAUUACUUUUGUGUCUGAUUUUAAAGUGUGUCGUCAUUCUAGAGAAGAAAAUGUUUAUAUAUAGCGUGCUUGGUAAAUAUCUGUAUAUCGAAACUUAGUAAGACUUUAGAUUUAGGCGUAGAUCGUCGCGCUCUGCUCUAUGCAAUGAAUGGCAAGUCGUCUGCAAUGAGAUCCGUCUCUUGCCAUGGUCUCAACUUCCUCCCGGUUAGUAUCCAGGCUGAUAGUUACAAAGCUGAUAUCUGUCUGUUUGUCUGUUUGUCUGGUAAAAAGUUUGUAAUUAUUUCUCCUACAUCCAAUCUCGGAUCAAGUUAAAAUUUUCGCCCAAUUAUUUCUUUUACCAGACAACACAAGAAUCAAUUAAAAAAAAAACAGUUAAUUAAUUAACUAUUGGUAAUUAAAUAUUUUGUUUGGUAUCUUGAAAAAGGGAAAGCAAUCGUACUUGAUAUGUGAUGGUAUAAGUUGAAUUAGUCCCCUUAAGGAUAAGUGAUAGGAUCAUAUCACAAUCAGAAUUCUAAAAGCUAAACAAAAACAAUUGAUACAAAUUAAAAUUAACUAGUCGACCGGCGGCGUAGCAUACGCCGCUAUUUUGCAGGGCCGGUCUUAGGCCAUGCGACCGAAGGAUCCCCACUUUCAUGGGACCCGCGCUAAUUCAAGGUGUAUGUGACACAAUGGGGAAAUAACUAUUUUUGAUUACUUGUAAAGACAGGAGUGAUUCCCCUUACGUAGUUUAUAAAAGGCCUUGGAAACUGUGCUUAGUAACCACUUACUCCUGAGUUACCAGCUUGACCACUUGACCUAUGUUGUGAAUAGUAUUUUUUUCUGUUAGUGGUCGUGUGUCUUGGGGGUACUCGGAGAAGUGUGCCCUGCUCUGGAGAUCUUUGGUCUAGGUAUAUCUUUAGUAUUAUUGUAUUUUAUAUAAUGUAUUUAUUAGUAGAUAUAGCCUCAAAUGAUUUCCAGGCAGUAUAUUUUUACCCUGAUGUUCUGCAUCCUGGGGUACUCCCAAACGUGACAUAUUUUUGUAACCUUUUUCUGAGGGAUUCAACCUGUAUUGAAUCAUCAGAUGGACUUUACAUAUUUUUAUAGCCUUGUCUCUGAGGAAUUCAACUCUGUAUUGAAUCAUCAGAUGGGCUUUACCAAACGGAUGUCUAUAGGUGGGAUUCUAUGAAGCUUGUAGGCUGAUAGGUUUCCCUGAAGCCUAUAGUUCAUCAUGACCCUUUUUUUUUUGGCUAAAAGUGGCUAGUGUCAGCCUGAAGCCUGUAACCCAAGAAUGGUCAAAAGCGGUCAUGUGUUCACCCGAGGCCUGUGACCUUUUUUUUUUACUCAUGUAAAUGUGUGAUCUCCAGAAUGUGACGAUAAUGUAACAUAUGACUAUGGCUGUGUGCCAUACUAUUUUUGAGUAUCUUUUGUUUACUUUUUGUUGUGUAGGCCUGUGAGUUGAUGGCCACGUAUUUACACAUUUAUUUUACUCAUGUAAAUAAACUUUGUAUAUAUGUUUACCUGCGACUUUGUUAAGUCUUUUGUUGAAUACAUUAGUUGAACUGUAUACCUGGAGGUUAUACCUAAUAACCUAGGCAGUACAAGAAGGGACCAGUACACCUCUGGACGAACGUGCCAGCACACUUUUAACACUGAUCUGUUGAUCUAAAAUACCUAAAUCUAGCUAUAAUUCUAAUUGAAUAUUCUUAGCUAUACCCGCUAAUAGGUAAAUUAA